AUGCUAUAAGAGAAAAUGUUGGUAUAUCCACAAUAUGAUAUGUUCUAUAUGUUUUUUAAAGGUUAUAUAAAGAUGCUCAUUUUCAUGGGUAGAGUCAAAAGAUUAGAGGGUUUGGAUUUACAAUAAGAAGUUAAUGAAAUCAUAGAGGUUACUGAAAUAAAAGAGGAUAGGGAUAAAUUAAUUAAAGAAUUUAGUGGAAGUAGUAAGAGAAAAUUAUUAUUGGCUAAUUCAUUUGAUUGGUGGUUCUUUGGUUAUCUUUUUAGACCAACCAACAAGUGGAAUGGAUAGAUAAUCAAGAAGAAAUAUCUGGGAGAUUUUAUAGAGAGUGAGAUAUUAAAUUCCAAAUUGUUUAAAUAACCACCUGUGUAUUCAUUUAAAUCAUAAAUUACUGCUAUUUUUUUAAGAAACUUUUAUACUAUUUCAUGA